CUUUGCGGUUUCCACUUCCACCAAACAAUCCUCAGCGAUGUCGGCGCCACCGCCGGCUGGCGAGUACCAAGACGACGAGCCGCUGCAGCGUUCGACCGUACCGGCGAAGGCCCCCACAGCCAACGGCGGGCUGGCCCUGAGCACGCAGUGCGAGUUCCCGGCCAUCGCGAGGAGCGCGUCCCGGGACAGAUUCGCGGUGCUCGUGCACGCCAAGGCGCCGUCCGACGUGGCGCGCGCGCCGCUCGACCUCGUCACCGUGCUCGACGUCAGCUCCAGCAUGAAGGGGCAGAAGCUGGAGCUCCUGAAGCAGGCCAUGUGCUUCGUGAUCGACCAGCUCGGUCCAACUGACCGCCUAUCCGUCGUCACCUUCGCCGACGACGCCAGCCGCCUGACCCGCCUCAGUCGCAUGUCGGACUCGGGGAAGGCCUGCGCGAAGAUGGCCGUGUUGUCGCUUGGUGUCCUGAAGAAUACCAACAUCGGCCGCGGCCUCCGUGUGGGCGCUCAGGUGCUAGCCGGUCGCCGGGAGAAGAACGUCGUCGCCGGGAUGAUUCUUCUCUCGGACGGUCAAGACACCUCCGGCUUCUGGCCGACCGUCGGGCCCGACGGCACCAAGAGCUACGCAGCCCUUGUGCCGCCCUCGUCCGCGCCGAUCCACACUUUCGGGUUCGGCACCAACCACGACGCCGCCGCGAUGCACGCUGUCGCGGAGGCCACGGGCGGCACCUUCUCCUUCGUCGGCAACGAGGCGGCGAUCCAGAGCUCGUUCGCGCGCUGCGUCGGCGGGCUCCUCUCGGUGGCCGUGCAGGAGGCGCGCGUCGCCGUCACGUGCCUGCACCGGGGCGUCUGGAUCCAGGAGGUCAAGUCGGGCGCCUACGUCAGCCACUUGGGCGCCGACGGCAUCGCUGCCACCAUCGACGUCGGCGAGCUCUACGAAGCAGAGGAAAGGCGGUUCCUGGUGCUCGUGUACGUGCCGAUGGUCCGGUCGACGGAGGAGGUCACCCGCCUCGUCAAGGCGAGGUGCACCUACCGAGAGGCCGCGACGGGCCUGGCGCGCCACGUCGCCGCGCGCGCAGCCGUGGUGCAGAGGCCGCUGGAGCUGGCGACGCUGCCCGCUCCGUCCGUGGACGUGGAGCGGGAGCGCGUCCGCCUCGCGGCGACCGAGGGCAUCGCGGCCGCUCGGGUAGCCGCUGACGGCGGGCAGAACGCCGGCGCCGCACGGAUCCUCGAGUCCCGGCUCAAGGCCGUGGAACAGUCGGCGCCGGGGGACCCCACGUGCGAGGCGAUCAAGGAGGAGCUGCGCGACCUCAGCGCCCGCGUCGGCGACCGGGCGGAGUACCAGAAGACGGGGCGCGCGUGUCUGCUGGUCGGCAUGAGCUCGCACGCGCAGCAGCGCGCCUCGGGGAUGGACGUGGAGGCGACGAGCAAGGCUAGCGCGUACCUGACUCCCAAGAUGGAGGAGAUGGUGGAUCUCUCGCGUGAGACUGGGAGCAGCGGGAAGCAGGAGCAGCCAGUCAAACAGGCCAAGGUAGAAGAAGAAGUGUAAGGGACGAUCUCGUUCGUUUCGAAUUCUGGUCGAGCUAAUUAAUCCAAUUUAGCUCAAGUCUUCAACUAUCUAUGUAUGCGUAGGGCUUUCAGUUUGAUCUACCCCAAGUCUGCAGCUCGUUGCUGAUGUCGUUUUUAUAAACUUGGCAUGUCGUCAUGUUAUCGUAUCAUAUCAUCAUCACCACCAUCAAGAGAAGUAAUGCUCAUAUGAUCA